AUGGAGAAAAGCAACGCAAUCACGUGGGCGGACGCCGCCCGACGGGCCGUGGAAAUGCGAGGUGAUUUGUGCCGACGCUCUAUUCUGUUGUUCGACGUGAGAGCGGUGACAGCGGAUCUGCGGACAAAUCGCCCCAUUGAGGUAUGGCGAGUGGGGACCGAUCUUAGGCCGAUUUACGGCGGCGUGUUCUUACGUUGGAUUUUAUGUUCCGGUUUUACGUCGCAAAUAGAGCGCGGACUCUAUGUAGAGUCUUGUGGAGCGACGGGCAUGAGUGAUUUCUCAAACAAGCCGAAGCAAUGGGAGCCCUAUUUCAAUGUGACACGAUUGAAACUAGAUCACCCGAUAGGAAAGACGUGGGCUCAGGUC